AGUAAGAGAUGAAGAUGGAAUAGUCUUGAAUAAAAGGACAAAAGGGAUCAUGAUAAACCAAAGUUGGUAGACAUUACUUCGUAAAGUGAGGAGAGAGGCUGGCGCUUCGGCUUUCUUUUAGACAGCACGAUCUAACACCUUCUCGUUCUUCGUCAACCGUAGUAGUUCUAGGUCUAGCAAAAAAAUGGCAAUACCUUCACAACUAGCACCAGCAUCGAUAGAAGCAGAGCGCCUCUUCCGAUGGCAGCAGGAGGCUUCAGGUCUCCGCGAUCUUCGCUUGGUAUUCGAUGAACGUAGAGGCUGGCACUUACGAGCUGCGCGCUCUUUCACAGCCGGUUCUGUUAUCGCACACGAAGAACCGAUAGCAUGCGUCGAGUAUGAAUUUAGUCGGCGGCUGAAUCGAGCCUGCGUCUCGUGUCUAAGGCCUUUGGACAGAGACUUCGUAGAUGUCGCGGCUCGUGUCCUUGGAGGCAGUGACUGUCGUUACGAUUUAGCUUUGUUGGAUGUCGUUGAGAAACAGCUUGAGAAACAACUUGAGAAACAGCUCGAGAAACAGCUUGAGACCUGCAAGACUUUUCCCUCAAGAACAUCCUCUUGGCCGAACUUAAGACGUGCUGUAAAGGCAACAGGCUUACAUCGGGAGGCUGACGAAGAGUAUGGAGGUUCCUGCGAACUUGGGGAUCAUAGCUGCUCCAAUUCUAAUUUCCACUGGUGUGAUGAAUGUUGGAGCUUUGUACAGCAGGGGUCAACGCCGGAUGCUGACGCUAGGGGAUCUCCACAUGAAGCGGCGCUAAAGCGAGCACGUGCAGCAGCGCUGCACUAUUUCCUUUGUGGCAGAAGUGGCGCACCUGGAUCUGCAUCAAAGCAUCAAGAUUCUGAUGCUUUAUGCCGCUACAAACUCUUCCGUACCUAUGUGUUGCUGAAGGAGGAGAAUGAGUCUUCUCUGCUGGGCUUCAAUGUGGUAGCGCAAAUUGUAUAUCUGGUUUUGCGUGAGGGAUGGGCCGCAGAGAAAGCGGUUGCUGAGUAUGCAUCCUUUUGCUUUUGCGAAGACAAAGUGCAGAAAAAACUCAAAAGCGCCACCUUUUCCGGUUUGUAUGAAAGAUUGAGUGCGGUUUUUAUAGGUUCGUGGGAGGAAGAUGAAGAACAGGGAGAUGGGUCUCGGAGUGGAGGGGGAGAAGCUGCUCUUGCUGGAGCAGGAGGAGACGAGUUCGAAAAGGAAAACCCCACCUGUGAUCUAAAGAAGCGACGGCGUUUAGAGGAAGAGGAUACGAAAAUAGGAAAUGAAAACAAACGAGGCACACUUCUAGACUCUCUUUUCAAGGACCACGUCACGCCUUACUUUUUCGGACGACUCUUGGCACAGCUUGAUAUGGUCAAUGUAGAUGCUGAAGCGACACAGAGAUGGCAUUUUGGAGCUAAACACCGACGUCGGCAAGAAGAAGAACUCGAACAGGGGGGCUCUGCAAAAAGCAAAAACUGUGAAGGGGAUCUAUGCCGCAUGUUAUCGCCUGUACUGCAGCGAAUGCGGGAUAUUGUAAGGCCGCAAGCUGCGCAAGCAAAUGGGCAUCAUGGUGGAGGCAGAGCAAGGGCUGUUAGGGUCGUGGCAGAAGAUGGAACGGAUGACGAUGGCGAAGACGAUAGUAUGAGCAAAAGCGUUGGAAGCGAGAGCGACGUCGAAGCCAUGGAGAAUUUCGACAAGCUAUUAGGGGAUGGCACUCCAACCCAAAGUGCUUUUCCCGACGUUCUUGGACUAGGUCUUGUCCGAAUCAUCGCACUCUGCAACCAUAGUUGCGACGCGAACGCCUUGGUUGACUUUCCAUGCGGUGCGAAGGUCGUUCUCAGAGCCGCACGUGAUAUUGCUGAAGGGGAAGAAGUGUGUAUCAGCUACGUUGAGGACGACCAGGGACUAGAAGUGCGCCGAACCCUGCUACAAAACAACUACGGCUUUAAGUGUACCUGUCCACGCUGCGUGAAGGAAGAGGGGAGUGAUGCGUAAAACAAUCUCUGAUUGUCGUCCUAGGACUUUCAAAGCCGCGACAUCCAUGCUUACCUACCUCCCUCGGGCAGGACCCUGCGGCCCAGAAUCUCCUGGGACCGAGCUUUCACCCUAAUAGCCCUUAACUAAAACUGUGCUCACCUGACCCUGUUUCGACGAUCCCCGUGCGUCCACCGUUGUUCAAGAGAUUUGUACUCCAGUGAACAACCUAACUCAAAGUAAAGAACGAAAUCCAAGGUCAAAAACCUGCUCCAUAGCUGGAAAGCAGGCGCUUAUGUUCGCCCGGCCGUUUCUUCAAGGGACUACUCAUUAUUGGUAAUGUG